ACCAAGUGACACCUCCUCACCUCAGGUGACACGCCAGCCACUUGUUCUUCCUCUCGCGCUCGCCACUAUAUAGUUUUACACAUUUCUCACUCCGAGAAGGCUCGAGUGCCCCGCGUUGUGCAAAUUUCGCCCGAAAACCAACCCGAAAAAUAUGGAACUCAGCUCUCCGUCCGGCGCCUACGACGACAUGAUCGCCGAACCCGUGCUCUCGAACAUUUUGUCCCACAAUGUGCACCAGCACCACAGACACCGGUGGAUUCGCAAGCGAUUUUCCCGAGUUUGGGACGCGAUAGUUGUGAGCGUUUGUCUUCUGAGCAUCGUCCGUCUGCCGUGUCCAACCAUGUCCGCGCCAACGCCCGUCGAGCAGCAGCAGCAGCGCCAUGUCCGAAGUUCCUCGCCGUCCGAGUCGCUGCACCCGACCAGGGACGCCAAGUGGAUAAAGCCGUGCGGGAUGGGCGGCGGCAGCGACCCCGGCGACGACUCGAGUCUCGGCGCCGACGUCGACUCCGAGAUGUUCUUCGCUGAGAACGAGGAGCUCAACAACAUUGUCCUUCUCGCCCGAACCGCGCAGGGACAGGCCCAUCGCUUCCGCGAUGAAUACGUGAAAAGCACGUUCAACGUUGAUUUCGUGCAGCACCACGAGACGUGGAAGGAUUUGCACUACAGCUGGCUUCCGUCGCUGGAGCAGAUUCCAAAGAACUUGGGCGAGUCCACGCCCGUUGAUCAUUUACAACACCUGGAGUUACCAAAGGCUCUUCAGGAUUCCUACAAGUUCCUGCAGACAUUUGCUGUGGGUCUCGAACAAGUAGUUUGGGACCAAGAAGAUGGCAGCAAUGUCAAAGGUGAUUUCCAAGCUACCGAGUACAGUCUCAGAUCGGUGUUGUGCGAGAUUCACGCGGCGAUGAUCGAGCGCGGCGUGAAGCAGCACCCCGACAUCACUCGCGACAUCAUGAGCCGCGAGUUCCGCAACAUGAACAAGGGCAAUUCGUCGGUGCGCAACCUGCGAGAUUGGUUCAUUUUCCGCGACUACAUGAACGGACUCGAGUACGUGAUCGACGUGUUCGAGUACUUCAUCAACAAGGCGGUUUCAUGAAAGAACAGUCUUUUGUGCUGCUGAUCAACCCAAAGACUUGAUGUGAAAAAAGAAAAAGAAAAAUCUUCAAACGGCAGGCUUUUGAGAGCAACAUUAAAAAACAAUUUGAAAAAGAUAUACUCAUUCGGCAGCUCUUUGAAAAAACACAUAAAAUUAAAAUUUCAUUCCAAAGAAGCCUUGCUCCAAGUCAUCUACUGCGAUUUUUGUUGAACUCUUUUUUUCUGUUGUAUUUCCAACUUUGUAAAUAUCAUGUAAGAUGAUUUUGACAAGAGACGGCCAGUGAUCGAGAGCUGAGAGUAAUUUAUUGAGUGAAAAAUCA